AUGGCCAAUAAUAGUAAAUUAUGCUUUAUUUAUGAAAAUCCAAAAGACCAAGCAAAUGUAGAAAUUGGAGGAAAUUCAUUUCUAACCUUCAGAAAUGAAUUCUGGAGGGAUUAUAUAGAAAUUUUUUCAAAAGAAAAAAUUUCACAACAAGAUUUCAGUUAUCUAGCUGCGCAAGUAUGGAACCAAUUAAGUAACGAUAUUAAAAAUGCUUAUACCGUACAAUCUCAGGAAAGACAAAAAAAAAGGAAAUUGCAUCAAGACUUGGAGAUUAUUCCGUAUCAAGGUCAGCCAUCAGCUAAUGAUGAGCUCCAUAACGAAAUUCCUCUAGGUCGAAAAAAAAAGACGAAAAAAGAGAAACAAAGUGACGGCAAAAAAAUUCAAAUUCAAAAACAACAAAACAAAAGAAAACGACAAACUGAAAUUCUGGAAAAUCCAACAUUAUCGAACAUUAUUAAUUCUUUCAACACUGUCAACAACGUUAAUGUUACUACACCGGAUGUAACUUUUCAACCUACCGAAAUUCCUUUGGAAGAAAAUUACGAAUAUUAUCCAUUUCUCUUUAACGAUGAUUUUUAUUUUCCCGUUGGAAUCAAUCUGUACAACGAUAUCGCAAACGAUUUACAAUAUCCCAUAUAUUUUUUUACAACUGAUGAUUUCACCAAAGAUAUCUUUUUUGGAGAUAUUGCUCCUACAUUUCUUAAUAAUCCAUAUCACUUUUAA